CAUUAUUAGUUGUAGAUCUAAGGCUCGCUAGGCUCGUACCCCAACACAACCAUGAAUCUCUUCCGUUUUGCGGGAGAUAUGAGUCACGUCGUAUCAAUCAUUGUUUUGAUUCUACGUCUGCGCGUUUCCAAGUCCGCGGUGGGAAUUUCGCUCAAGACACAAGAGCUAUUCCUGAUUGUUUUCAUGACACGGUACCUUGAUCUCUUUACGACAUUCUACUCAAUGUAUAACUCGUUUAUGAAAGUUGCGUACAUAACUGCAACAGCAUCGAUCAUUUACAUGAUUCGAUUCAAGGAGCCGUACAAAUCGAAAUACGACAAAUCCCAAGAUUCAUUUCUACACUUCAAGUUUGCCGUUGCACCGUGUGCGAUGCUUGCUCUUUUCUCCUGUCUUAUAAAGCGAGAACUUAACCCUGUUGACGUUCUAUGGACAUUCUCUAUAUUCCUCGAAGCGUUGGCCAUCGUACCACAGCUCUUUGUUCUCCAGCGCUACCGUGAGGUCGAAAAUCUGACAGGACAUUACGUCUUUUUCCUUGGCGCGUAUCGGUUCCUUUAUAUCCUCAAUUGGGUCUACCGUUCUUAUUAUGAACCAUUUUAUCGCCAUAACUGGCUUGUAUAUAUAUCCGGCGCUAUCCAAACCGCCCUCUACGUCGAUUUCUUCUACUAUUAUAUUGUCUCGAAGUACUAUGGCGGCAAACUCACGCUUCCGACGUGAAUUACCUGCACAGCUACUGCGAGAGAAACAGUUCUCCGCCUUUCCACAAGCUCGGGCACUACCAGAGCAGCACCCAGCGUCGCAACCCAGCGUAUGCUUAACGCGGGAUUUCGACACGGCGCAGAUGAGGCCCAGGCGCCUGAGUAACGCCUGAGUAACGCCACCUUUAGCACGGGG